ACUCUCCAGUCCUCUGCGGAUCCGUACAAACUUUUUCUCCCUUUAGCUGCCGAGUCAGUUCAUUCACUGACUCAGCCUCAGGCCCCGUCCGCUUGGCGACCGAGUCAGCCCCACCUCCGGACUCAGUUGGGUCACACUGAGCUCAUUAUGACCGUGAGCAAUCUCUCCGCCCCUCUCGCUCUGCGUCUAUGGUCCCUGGUUUCUUCUUUCUCGGUCGGAAGGUCAAUGCCGGUGAGGGGAGAGAGAUAGUUAGCUGGGCUGAAUCUUUUGCACAGGCUCCUUUCUCACAUUAGUCCAAACACCUCAAUGUGGUUCUCCAGAAAUUCUGGAUUGAGCAGAGAUAUUGUGGAAGCAUAUGAGCUUGGAGCUCGUGGGUUGCUGCUCUUCUUGCUGCAGAAUUCUUGAGCAUCUUUUUGAUCCCUAAACUUGUAUAUUUUGCCAAUGGAAGAGAUCAGAAUUAUCGAAGGGGUCAUAAUAAUAUAGGUUAAAGAAGUUGUCUCAGUCUGCAUUAUUCAAGACUGUUGGGCGAUUCUGGAUGAAAGCUGAUUGAAACUCCGAACUAUUCUUCAUCUUGUAUGGGAGCAUCAAACACCGACAUCACUUGAUAUUUUUAACCCAUCAAUCAGAAUGGAGAAUAAGGAGGCGGACAGAAUAGUGGUAUCAAAACCUGUUGCUUCACGGCCUUCUUCAUCCUUCAUCCAGCCUUUCUCGGAUCUCCUUGCAGGUGCCAUUAGAGGGUCACUCCCCUGUGUGGGUCCCGAAACAGGCACUGGCCCUAUUAAGCCAAAGACUGUAAAAUUCAAGCCAACAUUAACUCAUGGUCCACCUCCCUCUGUUUCAUCCCAGGGUGAUGCCGUGCGAUCAGAUAUAAAACCCCCCAUCCUGCACAAACCCCUUGCAAAGGCCGUCUCCAAGGUUGCAAUGUCUGUCUUGGCAAAUAUGGGAAAAUACGAACCCAGACAUCGACAGGAAAAACCAUCUUCCCAGGCUCGUAUCGACUCUGUCGAGCAUCAGGUUGAGAAGCCAUAUUCUUUAAGGACUCAACCGGGCUCAAGUUUUCAAGAGAACUUGAGAAAUUUGCCUGCCACAGCUAGUGGUGACUGCUCUAGUAGUCUCCCUGUGAUGGACUCGAGAGAUUUGCCAGCCCCAGCUAGUGUGGACCGCCCUUCUUAUGAUGGAUAUAAUUGGAGAAAAUAUGGGCAGAAGCAAGUCAAAGGGAGUGAGUACCCUAGGAGUUACUAUAAGUGCACUCACCCCAACUGCCCCGUGAAGAAGAAGGUCGAGCGGUCAUUGGAUGGGCAAAUUGCGGAAAUUGUAUAUAAGGGUGAGCACAACCACUCCAAGCCUCAACCUCCUAAACGAGGUUUGGGAACUGGGCAAGAUAUUGGCAACCCUUUGAUAGGCAGUCGAGUAAUUGAAAGAAACGAAGGCUCUGAAGGCGGAGUGGAGGCUACAACUGAUAUCAACCUCAAAAGAUCACUCACAUGUGACCGUGUUGUGGAUAGAGACCGCGGUACCGCAGGGUUGAACCUCGAUGAUUCCUGUAGUCCUAGUGAGGAAUAUGUGGAUGGAGCUAUGGGGAUGAACAUCGAUCCAGAUGAGCCGAGAAGUAAGAGAAGGAAAACCAAGAAGCAACUCAAUGGAGUGGAAAUCAAUGGUGAGAGCCCCCAGGAGCCUCGAGUCCCUUUGCAGGGUUCAGUAGAUCCGGAGAUUCUAGACGAUGGCUUCCGAUGGAGGAAGUAUGGGCAAAAGGUCGUGAAGGGAAACCCAUAUCCCAGGAGUUACUACAAAUGCACCAGCAUCGAGUGCAGUGUCCGUAAGUAUGUGGAGAGAGCACAGGACGACCCAAAAGCUUUUAUUACGACUUAUGAAGGAAAGCACAACCAUGAAAUGCCCAUCAGGAGCGUGAAUGUACCAAGCUCUGAAUCGACUCCACGAGCCACUGCUAACAAAGAGAGGGCACCAGCUUGAUGUAUCUAUCAGUCAGAAAUCUUUCUGAUUUCAGCCCUUUCAUCCGAUUGAGAACCAAGGCGUCUUAAGGCACAUAAGAAAGACGAGGUUUUGUCCACGAGUUCAGAGCUCUCAAAAUGAAAGUCCUUUUAAGGCCAUUCCAUAUGCUGUGCUAUAAGUCCAUUGUUAGCCUCUGUGUUACCGUAAGUAAUCUACUACUACUGUAUAUGAACGCUCUAAGUUUCUGUAUCAGUACAUCUUCGAAGUCUGUCACUUCUUUUUCCAAAUUUUGUAGGCAUAAGAUCGACCAAUAUACAAUUAACGAUCUCGAGAAUAUCCAGUGAUUAUCCAUAACUUUUCUUCU